GUUUAUGAGAUUUGUGCGCAUGCGCUCAGAUUUUAAAAUGGCUGCAACGGCGGGUGAAAGUUGGGGGAAAGAAGAGAGGGACACCGUCUGUGAUUACCGUGCGGGACAGCCGGUUUGGUAUCGCAACGACAAAAAAACUGGAUGGUGGCCUUGCAUGGUAUUGCAAGUCUCGGAGGACGGCGAAAGGAGAUCUGUUGACCUAAAGGCGCUAGGUGACAACUACCCGUAUGGGUGGGUGAAAAUCGGACUUCCCCAGCUGAAGCCGUUCGUCUCCCCUGAUUGUCAGUCAAUUGUACAGGAACAGAUCAAACGGCUCCAGAAGAAACAUAAAACUGAUCUGAGAAACUUUGUGGCGGCCGUUAGAGAAGCACUUCAGCAUUUUCCUCUGUCCACAUUUGACGUGGAGCUUCCCUCAGACAGAGAACUGGAUGAAAUCGCGACUCCAGUCCCCACACCACAACCAGCUAGAGUCUGGAGACCUUUCUUGCACGACUCUGAAAUAUUCACGCCCGGGACCGACUCGAGGGGGGACACUGGUGGGAGUGUCACUAGAAGUCAACGGCGACUACGGCAACGACCAACUACGCCCGUACAAUGCCAGUCUGUACCACUGACGUCUACCGCCGAGAAGGCAAAGAGCGACAUUUUGCCCAAAGUCGUCCGGAGGAGGAGUGGUCAGAAGAAGCGAAGACAAUGCAGCAUGUCUCCGUACAGCAGUGAGAAGAGAUCGAAAAUAGACGAGGAAGAGGAGGGAGGGCGCUCAGGGGCUGAUUGUGAUGUCAGAAGGAGGUUGGAUUUGGAAGAAUCGAUGGACGAUGCUGUCGUUGAUAUCCUGACAAUCUGUGAGUCUAGCGGUGGGGAUAUGCGGGAGUGUGAGGUGGGGAGGGGUGAGGGUAGGGAGAACGGUGAGAGUGGGGAGAGAGGGGUGUGUGGCGGAGCGGAGCAGAAUGGCACUAGCGGGAGAGAAUGCAGGGGAUGGCAGAGUGUCGAAGAAUUCGGAAGUAACCUUGACACUGGGCAGAGAGAGAGAGGAAACGCCAGCUGGUGAGACAACUGAGGAGGGGAGGAAGGAAGAGCCAGUUUCAAGAAUGGAGUUUGAACAGAACAAAGAAGGAACAGAUGAACCACGGCAAAAGAAGGCGAGGGUAAAAGAACCGAAAAGUGCAAAGGUGGUGAAGAAACUUGAGAAGAAAAGGGAGAAGGAAGAGAAGGAGGAGAAGAAGAGGGAGAAGGAGAGGGGGGAAGAGGAGGAGAGAGAGGGGGGAAAGACCAUGACGACAGAGGAGGAAGAGAGUGACCCCAGCAGCGAAGACGAUGACCUACCAAACUACCAGACUACCUCCACCACCAAAGUCACCAUCAAUAAGUUGAAGGAGGGAGACCACAUAUGGAUGAAAUGGAAGACUUUCCCUCAUUGGCCUGCUCUGGUAGUGAAAGGAUAUCCGACAAAGACAAAGAGUAAAGCACGUGCUAGGAUCAUUUACUUUGGCGACAAGCCCGAACACGACCCUGUGACCAUCAAGUACGCACAGAGACGCAAACUGGCUCGAUACGUUCGUGGAAAUGAGGAAUACGAGAAAUUCAUGAGAGCGGGGCGAGAGUGUGGAGAGAACGCCGAGUACUUCCUACAGUCCGUCCAGGAAGCUGAAGCUUUUAUCACUGCAAAAUGGAACAAAGAACUGACAGGAUCGGCCCUUGAGAUGUUCAAGCAGAUAUGUGAGAAGAGACCAGCUUCUAUGACACCUCCUGCUGCGUGGAUGGAACAAAGCCUCAGCGUCCGCCAACUCGAACCGCCAACAGUGUCUGCAUUUGGUUUCCCACUGGACCCUGAUCUCAUGGACAGAGAGAAAGAGGAGGAGGAGGAGGAGGAGGAGGCGUCAGAUUCUGAAGUCAGCAAAUCUGACAGCGAAGAAGAAGAAGAAGAGAAUUCCGUCUACUCAUUGGAAAAAGUCUUGCAACACUUCACAAAAUUAAAGCCGACGCUGAUAGAAAUCAUGUCAGGGGCUACCCCCUCAGAGUAUCACACGGUAUACAUCAGUGGGACGGCAAAGCAGAAGCAGCAGCUGGCACUCUGCAGCAAGUACGGUCCGUGCAACAAGUGGACGAUCUCGAAGAAAAUGAAGCUUAUUCGACACCUUCAGAAGAUUGCCGAGGAAUCUUUCAACUCUUCUCUUUUCACAUAUGCCGGAGACGUUUUACUGCCCGAGGCAAUGGUUCGCACAAUCAGUCACUUUGAGGGCAUAUCCGAAGAAGAAGCCCAAAAGAGAUUGUAAUUCACUUAUCAAAAAAAUUUGUGCCAUACAUGCACACUUGUUGUAUAUAUUCUAUUUUUUAAAAUGGAUAUUAGCUGUAACAAGCAAAAGCUACGUGGGUGGCGUCACUCCGAAUUCUAUUUUGAAUCUCUACCACAACAGUAGGAGUAUAAACAACAGUCCAUAUUAGAGAGACAGACACGAGAGAGAUGGAUGGGGGAGGACAGGAGAAAGGGAAGGAAGGCGAGGGAUAGUGCUCCAACUGAAGUAGUUGGUUUGUCUCUUUUUCCACUCAUGUGCCUACAAAAAUGCGAAAUUGUUGACACCUUUAUAUAGGGGGACAGCGAAAUUUGGGCGAGAUAGGGAUAGGUGCAGCAAGAUAGAAGAUGUUACCAUUCCAUACUCCAACCCUAGUCAAAGUAUUAAGGAUAGUUGGUUUGUCUCUUCUUCUACUCUUGUGUCUACAAAAAAUGCUAAAUCGUUGACACCUUUAUAUAGGGGGACAGUGAAAUUUGGGCGAGAUAGGGAUAGGUGCAGUGAGAUAGAAGAUGUCACCAUUCCAUACUCCAACUGAAGUCAGAGUAUUAAGGAUAGUUGGCUUGUCUCUUUUUCCACUCAUGUGCCUACAAAAAAUGCUAAAUCGUUGACACCUUUAUAUAGGGGGACAGCGAAAUUUGGAACAUGGAAGUUUUCUUGCUUCAUAAUUGUUCAUAAACUAGUCUACAAUUAUCAUUUUACUUAGAUACCACAAAUUUCACUGCAAACUUUUGCUAUAAUUAAUGUGUAAUAGAUGGUCGAUUCAGCUGUGCUUCCUUUAAUAUGCUUGAAAAAAGUACAAAAACUAGGGCACCUUAUUAUGCCACAGUGAAGUUUCGU